AUGUCCCUCACAGGCAAAGUCCUCCUCAUAACAGGCGGAACGAAAGGCAUCGGCCGCGCCACCGUCCACCGCGCAGCCUCCCUCGGCGCCUCCAUCGUCUUCUCCUACCUCUCCCCAACAAGCAGCACUACCGCCUCCGAAAUCGUCACCCAAUCUGGCGGUCCCUCCCGCCUCCUCGCCAUCCAAGCAGACGCCUCCAAAUUAGACCAUAUUGACAAGCUUGUCCACGCUGCCGUGGACAAGUUUGGCAAAAUCGACAUCGUCGUCCCCAACGCUGGAAUAAUGGGCAUGGUCGACCUCGCCCACGCAACAGAAGACUCCUACGACGCUCACUUCAACCUCAACGUCAAGGGCGCGCUUUUCCUGGUGCAAAAGGCUCUGCCUUACUUCCCACCUGAGGGCGGGAGGGUCAUCUUCAUCUCGACCGGUCUCAACACGGCGAGUGGGGUAAGUCCGGGCUAUCUGAUCUAUGUCGCGACAAAAGGGGCCAUCGACCAAAUGACCCGGGCUCUGUCAAAGGAUUUGGCCAAGAGGAAUAUUACCGUCAAUGCUGUUGCACCUGGACCAACAGGGACGGACUUGUUCUUUGAGGGCAAGUCGGAGCAGAUUGUCAAUUUUUUGAAGGAUCAGAGUCCCUUUGGACGUUUGGGAGAGCCUCAAGAAAUCGCCGAUGUGAUUUUAUGGCUGGCAUCAGAAGAAAGCAAGUGGGUGUCGGGACAGAUCAUCAGGGUGAAUGGUGCCAACAUGGUGUAA